AUGACUCGUACAUAUGACUUGCAACCACUCACUCCGAGUCAGGCUCAGGCUGUAUAUACCCUAAUACCCACUGGAAUCAAUUCAGACAUGAUCCCAAACAUUGGUGGAUCAUCAUCCCUGUCUUGCUCAUGUGGCAGGUUGUUCUCUCAACCCAACGCUCUUAGCAAUCACAAACGUAAUUGUCCAAAGACAAGAAAAUGUCUGGGUGAUGCAUUGGAGAAAGCCAAAGAGUUAUGGAUACGGAGGAAGCAACAGCAAACUGGAGCCAGCUGUUCUCAGUCUACUGCGCCAGCUGAAACAUCUUGCAAUGAUGACCCAGAUGUAGAAGAGCAACUCAGAAUGCCUGAAGUGCCAUUACCAGCAGUCCCACCUUCUACAAUUGAUGCAACAUAUGGUCUUGAGAGUCCUCAUGCACCCGCUUUAAGUUUGUCUUCUCAUGCCCAAGUCUCUCCCGAGGAUAGACCAGCCUAUUUCAUAGUAAAAUGUCUCCGCUUCCUUUUACGCACGUCACAUAACAUUUUUGGCCUAUUCCGACAAUAUCACGGCAACAAGUUUCCCACCCACAACCCCAAAGAGGAUCCAACACCAGACAAUUCUCCAGACUCCAAUGACACUUUGCAUUGCCUCAGUAAUGACACACCUACUCAAUCUUCCAACUCAGACUUUUUUAUGCCUUAUCCAAACUAUAACGCAUUCCGUCUUGGAGAGUGGUAUUGGGAUGGAGCGCAAAAGUUGAAGGAAUCGUUUAAAGAGCUUUUAGACAUAGUAGGCGACCCUAACUUUUGUUCAGAGAAGAUUUGUGAAGUCAACUGGAAUCUUGUUGAUCGACGUCUGGCUGGUGAUGAUGUAGAGGAAUGGCUUGAUGAUGAUGCUGGAUGGACCAAAACAACCGUCAGAAUAUCUGUUCCGUUCCACAAGAAAACAAGCAACCCUGGUUCAAAGCAGUUUGUGCAUGCUGAUUUCUAUCACCAAAAUCUGGUCUCCAUCAUUUGA